AUGCGUCCGAAUGUGAAUUCGGAUAAAUCUGUAACAGAUCGAUCCGCAGAGGACGUUCGAUCGAUCAUCCAUUACGAUCAUCCAUCACGACAUCCUAAGGAACAAAUAUCUGGCAAAAAUGCACAAAUGGAAUACGAAAGGCAUUUAUUACAAAAUGCUGCCCAUUCCUCAACAAAUAAAUCUGGCACGGCACCGUUAAAUCGACAUAACGCCAUUUAUCGUCAUAUCAAUGACAUAAUGGAAAAUCGGGGCAUCUCAAAAAAUUCCAAGCACGAGGAACACAAAAGUGUCGACACAUCUGAUCUCGAUUUACCUAAGUGCCGAUCAUCCUGUGUUAGGCCUUUAUGGUGCGUAAAAUUGUGCCGUAGGAAGAAAAAAUAUACCGAACGCAUUCAAAAGCCAACGAGACGGUUUUUUAAGCGAAUGAUGGAGCGAAGCAAGUGCAAAAAACCAGGCCGCGCAGCGGUUACCAGUGAAUCAGGUAUUCUGCACCGAGAACCGAUAAGCCACCGGACUGUUCCGAGAAAACCCAAGAGAGAUCCUAAACAUGAAGUGGAUGAAGCGGAUGAAGUGGUGGAAGUUGCCGAUAAGGAUGUCCAUGAGAAAACCAAGGAGGAGAGGAAAAAGGAGAGGAAAGAAAAGGAAAGAAGGGAGAAGAAAGAAAGACGUAAGUGGGAAGAGCGAAUGCCGCAUUUUAUCGAUACGCACUUGGUAACGCGCGACGAGGACCUACAGAUCUCCAAGGAUGACGUCUCCAGGAAACCGCCUUUAUCGCUCACCGACUUCACAAAGGCCUGCUGUUACUUGUGCGCGCAGAAUACGCUGGCGAUCGCAACCGCCAGCGCCAAACCCGAGCAGUUCCACAAGUCUAUCCAAGUUUUAGAUCAUAAAUUUCACACGGACGCACGCUCAACGCACGAUAAGAGCUGCGGUACGAUACUGCGCACCAUACAGUCGUCCAUCAAAGUGAGGACACGCGAGAUCGGUACAUUCUGUCCCAGUACGACUGUGGUACAGUGCAGAGAAACGGAGCCGAAGUUGAAAAAGCGCAAGAAGUUCAACAUGUUCCUGGGGUUGACGCGGACGAAAUGCCCGGCCAGACGGCAUGUCUGUGAGGCUAAUAAAUUCACGCCCGUUAAAUGCGAUGAUAACGCGAAGAAACGCGUGCCAAGAAACGAAAAGUGUUGCAGGGACAAGAAUAUUUGA